GAACGUCAGGCCUAGACCGCGGACGAGGAGACUCUACUCAGCUUAAAACCGGUGACCCAGUCAAUAAACUGGCUUUACUUCACAGGAUUAGACGCCAACUUGUCUUCUGACAGUACUUGAAGAUUCAGCAAGGCUUACCAAACACUGACGCAAGUCUUUAGCUAUUCAAAUUGACAUUAAAAUCUCUGCCUCAUAUCGACGGUCGUCCCUUGACAUCCGGCCUUGCAGCCCAAACACUUGUCUGCCAUUUCCUACUAGUCGCAUAACGAGUCUCCGGCUUCUGGAUACCUUCUCUCGACGUUUCAAUCAUGCAAAAAGAGCCUUGCUUGGCGAUUGCCGCAAACGUACAGCCCGUUGACGGUUGCGGAAAUGGAUGACCAAAACAAAGGAAACAGCCAGCAACAAUGCAAUAUAUCCCCCAGGAUUCUCACAGCAUGUUGUUCCUUCCGUCGCUCAUAUGAGGGCAGGAAGCGUCCGAGCCCAGAUACUGCCGGUGAUUCCAGAUUGCAACAGGUGCGGCACCAUCGUCUAGUGCCUGAUCUUAGAGAUCACGUCUCGAUGUCCUCCAGUAUGUCCGAGCACAACAAUAACCAGCAGCGUGGUCUCCGAGAGGUCAUCGCAGACAAUUCCUUUUGGACAAUGCCGGACCGAGAAUUCCUCACACUAAUCAAAUCAGAAUUUCCAUCCGAGCUUCAGCGCCUCCACAACGCAACGUUUGUCCGGGAUUCAAAGGCGCCAGGCCCAGAAGGUCCAUCGAUCUCGGUAAUACUCUAUGGCGAAGACUACGCAGAGGUCAACCGUACCCUGGUGGGUGUACUAGCUUUGCGAUGGCUUUGGAACAAUGAUUAUGAGACGUUCGUCGGCCGUCAAAGUCCGGCGCCAGUCGUGUUACGCCGGGAGUCAUUUGCCUGGCUGAGAGAAAUUUACCUGAAGGGCUUGGCGAAUCCCGAGGACAUCUACACCCUUAUCACUUCCAUGGUCAUCAAUGAUUUGGGGAAGGACCCCAAUCUUGCUAUGGAUUACGCACAAAAGGAAGGCCUGGACAUUUCCAAGGUCAACCACGACAUGAUUCUGUACCACGCAGUAAAGGCUCGAAUGGUGCCAGCCUUGGAUCGAUUGACCGAGGAGAACAAAGCAUGUCUUCUUCUUGGUAUCAAACUUGGUUCUGAUUUCAACUUUGGUCAGCUUGCGCAAGCCGAGAAUGCCCCAGCCUCUCUAGCAGGCUUAGCAGACAUGAAUGGUCACGAUCGCGCCUUCGAGGUUCGGUUCAUGGAACAAGUGCUCGAUCUCGCAGGAGCCUCGGGACAUGAAGAUUGGACUUGUGCAAAGAAAAUGAUCGAGCCGAUUUUCCAAUCCUAUCGAAAUGUGUACGAUGUUGCACAUGCCAUAAUCAGCGGGAAAACGAGCUUGAGAGAAGGCUACGACAUCAUUUUGACCCGAAAACUGGACCUUCUGCACCGGGCGGGAUACCAGCGCGACUUCGACAUACAGAACCCCAGCGAUCGUGCGCUGAUGAGGCUUUUUUGUCUUGGUAACACUUCGAAUGCGCAGAAUGCGGAAAUGUACUUUACCGCCUUCACGGAACGAAUACCAGAAGCGGCAAGACAGAGCCUGGUACACGGUCUCAAUUUGGAUGGCACAGUCGAAGAGCCAGCUGUCCAGACGACAUAUAUCCCGGCGAUGUUGACCAAGGCUGUUGGUAAUACUGUGAGCGGUCAAGACGAGGAGAAGCUUAAGGCUGUUGCCGCCGUGCUGCGCUAUCUUGCGCGAUGUCUGGUCGUGGAGAGGUCGCGUCUAGAACGACUUCCAGCAGGGGUCACUGUGAUCGAGAGGGACGUCAAAAAGAUUGUACCCGUAUUGGAGAGCGAGGAAUUCAGAAACGAUCCCGAUGUAUUGGACAAAGAGGAGAUCCCAGAAGAUCAAGUAGCCAAUAUGGCUCCAGGGUACUGA